AGUGAUGGAUAGGGAAGGCGUUCAAUUAAUUGUGGUAGUUGUAAUUUAGUGUGGUAAUAGAAUUGACAAGGGCUAAAAGGAAUAUGUCAUAGUUGGUAAUUAGUAUAUGGUUAUUGUGGAAGCACUCAAAAGACAUACAUACCUACCAGUCCUUGCUUUAGGAGAUUAAGGAAAGGAAGCUGCCGAAACAGUAGUUCCUUAUUUCCUCACCAAAAAAUAAUAAAUAAAACUAGAAUACCCCUUUCGGUUACUAAACUCUCUACUCUCCACAUUCCUUAUGCACAUAUCCACCACUAUUUUUAUUAAUACAUAGUAUAAUAUUCUUGUGAGUUUGAGGAUUAUUAAUAUUUUAUAUAGAUUAAAAAAUGAAAAUGGGAAGGAUGGUUAAUUUUGGUGUUAUUGUGGUGGCAAUUAUGAGCAUGGUGGGUAUGGCAACAGCAAAAGGGACGGUGCAUCAUGUGGUGGGAGGAGAUCGUGGGUGGGAUCCGAACUCAGACAUCAAAUCUUGGUCUUCCGGCAGAGUCUUCAGGGUUGGAGAUCAAAUCUGGUUGGCGUACUCUGCAGCAGAGGGAUUAGUUGCGGAGCUUGAAAGCAGAGAAGAAUAUGAAUCAUGUAAUGUGAGUAACCCUAUCAUGAUGUACACUGAAGGUUUGCAUACAAUCCCACUUGAGAGGGAAGGAAUCAGAUACUUUGUUAGUAGUGAUUCUGAGAACUGCAAGAAUGGUCUCAAGCUUCAUGUUGAUGUUCAGCCCAAGGCCUCACCUUCACGGGCCUCACCAAUUGCUCAAGCAGUUGUGGCUGAUGGACCUACAACUCCUUCUAGUUCGACCCGUUUUGGCCACAAUGUGAUUCUUUCAUUAUUAUUAUCAUGUGUCAUUGUAGUCCUUGCUUAUUAAUUGAUAUAAGCCUAAGUUUGAGGAGAAUAAUUAGUGCUGUGUUGUGGCCUAUUUGAAGACUAUUUAUUAGUGUAGAUUUGGUUAGAAACUGCCAUGUUGUGUUGUUUUGUGCUCAUUGUGCAGUAUCUGGCUGUUGGGCUGUUUGCUCUGUGAUGGGUUUCUUUUAGAGCCCCUUUUAGCACUUUUAUUUCAUACCACAGAUGAAAAAAUUCAAUAUUUUGGAAUUUGGGAUAUUCACAUGAAGUCAUUUUUUAUGAGAUAUAUAUUGUUUCUUAAA